CCUGAUUUUGGUCAUUAUGAUGAUUUCACACAUACCCUAUCUGAUGAACAAUUGCCUACUAAUGAUAAUGAUAAGAGGAUAAUUGUGAUAGGCGACCUACACGGCAUGAAUGAAUCUUUGACCGCUUUGCUAAAUCAGAUAUCCUAUGACACACGGAAGGAUAUUUUAAUACAUCUCGGCGACUUCACGACAAAGGCACCUGUAGAAGACUCGUUGACAGUUCUAUCGUUUUUGGAGAGAAACAAGAUUCUGGGCGUUCGCGGAAACAACGAUCAGAAAGUCCUUGAAUGGCGUGCUUGGAUGGAUUGGAUUCUUUCUCAGCCGGGGGGGAGAGAGUGGUUAAGAGAAGUUGAUGAUCAUUGGUCUGAUUAUGAACCCCCGCUCGAGAAGGGCAACACGUCUGCAUUCGACUCACGUCCCCCGUCGAUGAAGAAACCUGAUUGGGGAAACAAGGUCCCCGAGGGUUGGAAGCCUUUAGGAGACCACUACCAGGUCGCGCGAGCGAUGUCCCGCUCACAGUACAAUUACUUGCUAUCUCUCCCUCUCGUUCUUUACGCGCCGGCAGGCCAUGUGUUCUUUGUUCAUGCUGGUUUACUCGCAGCCGACCCAAGCCGGAUAGCCACACAUCCUAAACAACCGUUGUCGCAUUGGCCAUCCAUAGAGCAGCACGAGGAUGACAUCCGUGCUAUACGGGAGGCACAGGAGCUCGCGUUGCUCUCAGACAUUCCGCAGAACCAAGAUCCAUGGGUCGUCCUAAAUAUGAGGAGCGUGAGCAAAAACGGUAAGCCCACGCGCAGCAACAAAAAAGGGAUCCCGUACUCUGACCUUUGGAAUAAAAUCAUGAACAAAUGCUCCGGUUCUCAUGCUUCCAAUACUUGGCCUGGUUCUGCUACACGACUCAUAGGCUACCAGGAGAGUCAACUCGCUCAUCUCCCUUGUUAUGCGUCGACUGUCGUGUAUGGUCAUGCGGCAAAUCGUGGUCUGGAUGUCAAGAGAUGGUCCAUCGGCUUAGAUACCGGCUGCUCUUACGGCCGAAGACUUUCAGCGCUGGUGCUUGGUGCGAAGUCAUUCCCUUCAGGGAAUCACACGUUCGACUUCCCGUCCGAAGCAACCGAUCGCGCAACCGAUUCUCGAAUCAAGUUUGGCCACGCAGGAGAAGCUCGCAUAAUCAGUGUCAAGUGUCAUUAA